CACAAAUGAAGGAGCCUCAUUUUCCGACACCACGCGCGGAUCUCAAAAACGACAGUAUCUUCAAUUUCCUCAGCGACGGCAGUAUGGAUGGAGACAGCACUCUUGAUGCUGCAGAAGUAAACCGACGAUUUGAAGCGUUGUCACGUGGUGAACGCCUUACGCCAGUACCGUUGGCUUCGCUGAAGAAACGUCGUGCAGGUGUACCAAUACUGCACGGUGGACUAAGCUCUAAACACCAUUCCCAGCCCAAAAAGGAUGAGGAUAUGAUUUCCUUAUCUCAACUAAAGAAAUCCGUGAAGAACAAGCCACGUUUAUUCUUCAAACACAACCGCAACGAAACCAAGUCUAAGAAGAAUUAGAUUACAUUUAUUGACAAUCUUAUAUUGUUACUUUGAUUUAUUAUUUUAGUUACUUACCUAUGUUAGAAUUACAAAAAAAAAUUGAUUUAUUGUUGAAAUGUUAAUUUCUCUUGAAGGUUGAAUAA